GAAUAUAAUAAUGGGCCGAAAAGUGAGCCAUUUGAGUUCGAACUGAAUGGGCUAUAUGAUUCGUUAAUUAGGCCUACUAUAUCCGUAGAUGACAUGAAGGCUAAAAUAAUCGAAGAUCAAGAUGAUUAUCCAAAUUUGCAAAAACAAUAAUAGAAAACAAAUAGGCAGAUAAAAAGUCACAUACAUAUAGAUCCUAUUCCUUAUACAAAUAAAUAGAUUUUUAUUAUUUACUUAACUAUAUAUAUAGAUAAAUAAAUAAUAUCUAAACAUAUAAAGUAUAUCCUAACCAUUUGGACUUUGAUUACCUUAACAACAUCCCAAAGAAUACUUGCAUGACGCAUCAGGAAAGGAAUAACACUAACUCUUUCCCAAAUUCCAAAACAAGGAACCUUUAUUAUUUGAAAACACACAUACAGUAUACUAAAACCGAUUAUUAUAAUUGGACCUAUAGACUCUCCACGCAAGUUAUUCUUUCUUCCUUCCUUAAAAAAGGCAAUUUCACUUCAAUAAUUUUUGUAAACCGACCCAUAGUCAGACCAGAAAAUUAGAUUACCUUGAUCUUAAAUCUUUUCUAGUGAAGAUGCCAAUUCGUUUCGGUUUGUCACCAAGGAUCUUGUUACUCUUUCUCACGAUGUUAUCAGGAACAAAAUGGUCAGAAUCAGCUCGAGUAUUCACGAUCAUUAACUCAUGUGAUCAAAAGAUCUGGCCGGCGAUAACUCCCGGAGAAAACUUCAACGGUGGAGGAUUCGAGCUAAAACCGGGCCAAUCCAUCGUAUUCAACGCACCAGUAGGCUGGUCAGGCCGAAUAUGGGGACGAACCGGUUGCAAAUUCGACUCAACCGGAACCGGAACCUGCGAAACCGGUUCAUGCGGGUCAACUCUAAAAUGUUCAGCCUCCGGAAAACCACCAGCUUCACUAGCUGAAUUCACAUUAGCCAAACUGGAUUUCUACGACGUGAGCCUCGUCGACGGAUUCAAUCUCCCGAUGUCGGUGACUCCGAUGAACGGAAUAGGAAACUGCAGCGUCGCCGGUUGCGUAGCUGAUUUGAGGCCACAUUGUCCACAGGAGCUCGCCGUGAAAUCAAACGGGAAAGUGAUAUCGUGUAGGAGUGCGUGUGAUGUGUUUGAUAGAGAUGAGUAUUGUUGCAGAGGAGUUUAUGGGAAUCCAGUGGUGUGUCAACCAACUUAUUACUCAAAGAUCUUCAAGCAAGCUUGUCCUACUGCUUAUAGUUAUGCUUAUGAUGAUCCGACCAGUAUUAUGACUUGCACUGCCUCUGAUUACGUCAUCUCUUUCUGUUCCUCCAGGAAGAAGCCGGUGUGCACGUACCAUGAUAACAAGUUAGUAUGCAGCGAUGGUUCUGCUGGGUUUAAGAAGAUGAUUGGGAGAUUGUGGCUUGCGUUGAUGUUGUCUCUUGUUGUGUUUAGCUAAUUUCGUCACUCUUUUUUAGAUAAACAAGUUUUUUUUUCUUUUACUCUUGAGGAAAAUAUCUCAUGUGUAAAUAAUUUUAGUUUCAAAGUCAAUGUAAAGGUUGAUUUGGGUGUAAAAA